AUGAGUUUCAGAGAAGGAGGAGGAGCGAAUGGAAUUGGUGGGUCAAGGAAAGUGGCCGCCAUGGAAAUGGAGCUCGAGGAAGCUGCGCCUACGUUCUUGAAGAUACUCGGGAUAACGUUUUCGAGCAUGGCGGUGUUCGUAGGGACGCCGUUGUAUGGGCCGAGCCUGAGAUACGCUGGGCCGGCGAGCCUGAUAUGGGGCUGGCCCGUCGUCGUCUUCUUCACUUGGUUCGUCGGCGUCGCCAUGUCUGAAAUCUGCUCUUCUUUCCCUACCACGGGGUCACUCUACUUCUGGGCCGCUCACUUGGCUGGGCCGAGAUGGGGCCCAUUCGCAUCCUGGUGCUGCGCCUGGCUCGAGACCAUCGGCCUUGUUUCUGGAGUAGGUGCUCAGGCAUAUUCAGCAUCUCAAUCGCUACAAAUGAUCAUUCUGCUGGCUACGGGGACCAACACCGGAGGAGGCUACUACGCGUCGAGAGGGGUAUUCUUGUCAAUGUACAUCGGGUUCACUCUCAUUUGGGCAACCCUCAACACCUUUGCACUUGAAGUCAUUGCUUUCUUUGGCAUCAUCUCCAUGUGGUGGCAGGUAAUUGGAGGUUUGGUCGUGAUAAUAAUGCUGCCACUAGUCGCACAACAAACCCAGCCGGCUUCAUUCGUCUUCACCCACUUCCAAACGUCCCCUGAAUCCACGGGCAUCUCGAGCAAGCCUUACGCCAUCAUAAUGUCCGUCUUGCUGAGCAACUACUGCCUCUACGGCUACGACUCGGCGGCCCAUUUAACCGAGGAGACCAAAGGGGCCGACAGGACUGGGCCUUUCGCCAUUCUGUCCAGCAUCGGCAUCAUCUCCGUCUUCGGCUGGGCCUACAACUUGGCCCUCACUUUCAGCAUCAAGGAUUUCGACUACCUCUACGACGAGAACAACGAGACCGGCGGCGCUCUCGUCCCGGCGCAGAUCAUCUACGACGCGUUCUACGGGAGGUACCAUAACUCCGCCGGAGCCGUGAUAUAUGCACUCUCAAGAGACAACGGCAUCCCAUUCUCACCGAUAUGGAGAAAGCUGCACCCGAAGUCCAAAGUCCCGGUGAACGCGGUGUGGCUGUGUGCAGCCAUCAGCAUCAUCUUAGGGCUCCCGAUCUUGAAGAUGGACGUCGUCUUCACCGCCAUACUUUCGAUAAGCACGGUUGGUUGGGUGGGAGGGUAUGCAGUGCCCAUAUUCGCCAGGCUGGUGAUGGAAGAGCGAAACUUCAAGCCGGGACCGUUCUACUUGGGCAGGGCCAGGAGGCCGAUAUGCUUGGUGGCUUUCCUGUGGAUCGGCUACACUUGUUCGGCCUUCCUGUUGCCGACGAGCUACCCUAUAAAAUUGAAGACCUUCAACUACGCGCCGGUUGCGCUUGCGGUGUGCAUGGGACUGGUGAUGCUGUGGUGGGUUUUGGAUGCUAGGAAAUGGUUCAAGGGCCCUGUUAGAAAUAUCGAGGUGGACAGUUCAACGCAACGAACGGUAGCAGGGAAUGAUUUCGUCGCCGUCGUAGGGAAAAGAACAAGCAGCGGAAGGGAAGACAUGGCGGCAGGAGCUGGAAGUUCGAUGCUUUACUCGCUUCUUCUGUUCUUGGUCAUUCUUUCACUUCAAGAGAUGUACCGCGGGAAGCUGGCGUCUACUGAGUUGUUCACCAUUCUGGGAGGAUUCACUAGCUCUCUCCUUUUCCUUGUGCUCUUAACUUUCAUUGGUAAUUUCCAGGAAUCAAAUGGCAUGAAGACCGGGUGGGGUGCUGUUGUAUUGGCUGAAGUCGUUGCUCUGAUUGCUGCUGGAACUGUCCAUCGGGUUUGCAUAACAACUUGUUUCUUGUUCUCGGCUGGGUUACUUUAUGAGGUCAACAAGCUUUCCGGGAUCGCUCAAUCUAAAGUUGAAUCCAAAACAAGGAGGCAUUGAUGUCAUACCUCUCUUGGCAGCUUAUUUAUAAACCGAACAGGGAAUGUGAGGUUGCACCAUUUCGAUAUCCUUUCCGAAGCAGCACAAGAGAUGCAUUCAUUGGCGUGCAGACUCCCGGCUAAAGGCCAUCUAAUAGGGUAACUAGAAGAUGUUAGCAGUAUUCGAGCUUUCCUGUUGCUUUGCUCGAAUAGAGAGAACUUGGUAUGAAGCUUUCUGUUUUGAUCCCUCUGCCUCUUCGAAAAUGUAGAACUGUCGAUUUAUAUGAAAUUGCAUGAAGCCGUUUUCAGGACUGGCAUCAUAAUUUCCACCAAAAUUCUAGACAGUGAAAGAUUAUGUGAGCAAGUUGCUUCAAGAAUGAAGAUGCAACGAUGCCUCAAUGAGCGAUGCUUCAGUGGGGUAUAAUAUAUUGGUUUCGUUGCUCGUUGUGUUUCAAGUGAGUGACAGUGAGUGCGGCAGUGCAUAUUUGAACAUGAUCCAUUCUGUUCUUUUCAUAUCAGUUUCGGUAAGCUUGCAAUAUAUUUUCAUCAAGCAGCA